CAAAACGUAGCUGUGAGAUUCAGACACUAUAAUACAUCCACAUUUGCUGCGUCGUUUCCUGCAUGCGCAGGUCGUGUGAAGCGUCUGUAAAAGCAAUUGUCGGAGAUUACCGAAGUCACCCGAAAGAGAAAUUACCUUGGAUUCAAGAUGGCGGAAUAAUGUUGUUUAUCUGUCGUGGACAAAAUAUUACCCUAUCUGACCGGUGACAUGUUCGAGAUCUGACAUCGGCACUAAGGUGGAGCGAUGGAGCCAGAGUAUUACCAGGAGAGCAGUCGCCGGAAUGGCUGGUCCCUCCCGCCGCAUCCCCUGCAGGGCGUGGCCUGGCUGGUGGUCAUCUACUUCAUCAUCAUCUACUUCACCACCCUCGUCCCCGUCCUACCCACGGAGUGGCAGCCGGCGGGAUAUAUCAUUAAUGGCCUGGCGUGUCUGGUGCAUGUCUUCACGCACUUCAUCGCCACUCUCAUCAACCCAGCGGACGAAGCUGUUCUCCGGGCAAACUUCAACGACAAGAUGCCAACAUUUGACAGAAAGAAACGAAGACAUGUUAUUGAGAAUCAACACUGUUAUUUGUGCCGUGUGAAUGUUGGGUCCAAGUCCAAGCACUGCAGUGCCUGCAACAAGUGUGUGUCCGACUUUGAUCACCACUGUAAGUGGCUCAACAACUGUGUCGGCGGCAGGAACUACAGAUGGUUCCUAGCCACGCUGGUGAGCGGAGGAGUGGGAUGUCUGCUGAUUCUGUGUGUGUGUCUGGUACAGUUCAUCGGAUUCUACACAGAUGAGAAAGAUGGACGUCUCCUGCAGCCAUACAGAGGCAACCAUUCCAUAGCUGAGUUCGAGAUACUGCACCAGAAAGUUGACAAGGAAGGCUGGCUUGCUCUUGUGGGGAUCACAGGCCUGCUGGCUUUCAUCGCAGUCGCACUGCUCACACAUCUCUUCAGCUUCCAUGUCUACCUCAUGUGCAAGGGCCUGAGUACGUACGACUACAUCGUGAUGCAGCGGGAGGACCUGAAGGAUGCGGAGGAGUACCAGGAGUACACCAGCAACAAGCAGCGGCUGCAGCAGCAGCAGGCCAAGGCCGCCAAGAAGAGUAAUCGAGUGACGCCGACAAAGCCAAAGCCAGCAACGACAAUAGACACUGUUGAUGGCAGCCUUCACAAACAACGCAGGAAACUGUCGUAUGACAAGGCAUUCAGGAACCAUUGUGAUGAGGAGGGAGAGACUCCACCCCCUACAGCCAGUCCCAUACACAAGCAUGAUGACUCCCGAACUAAAAAAAACAUCCGACCAGAUGACAGCAUGACAGUCAUUAAAAAGAUGAAAAAGAAGAAAAAGAAAGUUGUUAAGCCGGGUAUAAGCACUGUUGACAACCCCGACUUAUAUAGUUCGAGUCGUACACGGCACUCCGAUUACCACUCGGAUUCUGGAGAGUCCUUAAAAGAAGUCCAACACAGGCACCCAGACACCGAGUCUUAUGACAGCGCCGUGCUUAUGAACUAUGACCAACACUCCUCGCAGGCGAGCCUGUUGUCAGGGAACUCCCACCGGCGCCAGGAAAACAGGAAACGCAGAACAAAAGUCAUCGGCGUUGACGUCAACACAGAAGAGGAUGAUGACCUCAAUGCAACACACAUGUUUUCUAUCAACGAAACUGCCAAGUUUAGAAAGGAUGGUAGCUUAGAUUAUUCCAAUGGUGGUGCCUCUCUGCCCCUCACUCCUGUGAUGUUGCGGAAGAAGCAGGAUGUGCCCCCGCUUGACUUGACCGCGCUGAGGUCAAGCACUGAAAGCACAGCGUCCGCUACAUUCAGGCCAUAUAGCGGAACUGUCCGUUCCACCGACACAUAUGGUUUGACGGACAGACCUCUGCCCAGAUUGAAGGCUGUUCCGGAAGGAGGGUUAGAUACUGAAGUUUGAUCAUCUGUUUGGGUCAGGUAGACAGAAGGGAAUAGAUACAUGAGAUAACAUCAAUUGUUAAAUAUAGUCUACAAAACAUACUUCCUUUAAUUAUGAAGCAGAUAAGUUACAUUUGUGGUGUGUUGGAAAGGAUAUAAUUGGUUCUACAUCUAUCCAGGAAGUUGAAAAUUGCUCAGUAAACAAUGUUCAAGAUUGUUCCCAAUUUUGUAAUAUACUUCUCUGUGCCAGUAGCUGAUGUUAAAAUUGUUAAAUUUGCUUUCAGUAUUUACUCAGGAACAUAUUUGUAGCAUCCGUUAUCAACAUAUCGGUGUCAUCAUACUAGAAAAGAGAGUAUAAAGUAAACAUUAAUUGUUCCUGUGGAUUCUAAUUACAGUACAGGAGUGAUAAGUAGACAUGUCUUUGUUUUCUGAAAAAUGGUGCAUAUACACCUAAAUUGUAGUCAUUUUCUGUGUGUAUAAUAUUUAUUGACAUAUUUAUCAGAGCGACAGUCAUUGACAUAUUGUGUCAUGUUAAUUUAGUAUUGUUUGUUUUCUGUUUGUUUUUAUUUAUGAUAUUUUAUUUCACUUGUCCAAUCCGAUCCAGCGCUGUUUUAAUUGUUACUUGCUGCGAGACUGUGAUCGUACAAACACAGGACCCUGCUACUCAUUGUAUCUUCCUUCAAUCCACAUACACUGAAACCUUGUUAAUCCAAACAGUAACGUCCCAGCAUCAUCAUCUUAACUAUCACAUUUCAGAAUCAUCCUCAUCUAUCCAGGGUAUUAUAUCUCCAUUCUAUUGUAAUAACAACCAUGGAUGGACCCAUUUGCCACCAUAGCCAGCGUCCCGUUGAACGUACACGAUGUUAAGAGAUGUGUGAGAGAGGGAGGAUGGGGCGAGGGAGGGAGAGGGAAACAUGGAUGAUGCCAUUCAAUGAAUCUAUGGCUGCGAACGGGUCCAGGUAAUAGAUCAUAAUAGAAUGGAGAUAUUAUAUACUGGAUAAUCGAGAAUGCUGUUUAUGUGUAGAUGUAGAAGUGUCGAGAAGGAAACUAUCCGAACUAGAAGGGUUUCACUACACACAGAUAACAAGGGUUUCACUACACACACAUAAUAAGGGUUUCACUAUUCACAGAUAACAAGGGUUUCACUACGUACAUCAUGAGAGUCACUACACAGAUGACGAGGGUUUCAUUACACACAGAUAACAAGGGUUUCACAACACAGAUAACAAGGGUUUCACUAUACACACAUAAUAAGGGUUUCACUAUGCACAGAUGAAAAGGGUUUCACUACACACUCAUAAUAACAAGGGUUUCACUACACACACAUAGUAAGGGUUUCACUAUGCACAGAUAACAAUGGUUUCACAACACACGGAUGACGAGGGUUUCACAACACACAGAUAACAAGGGUUUAACUAUUAUUCAGUAUUAAAGAAGUUGUUAUCCAUAAAUUGUGUCUACAUUGUUAAACACGCUCUUCUUGGAAUACAUGUAUACAUUUGAAUUUUUUAUGACAACCUGUUUGGAAUAUAUUGAAGUUGUUAAUCAUGUUAAUAUAAAUAUUAUUAUUUAAUACAUGUUUGAAACAAUAAUGAAUAGAUUUACAGAUUUGAUAAAUUGCUACAUUCUGUAAUGUUUAUGAGUGUAGAAUAAUAUUUAGGAUUUAUUAGGCAUGAAACUACUGGCUCUCAGGCUAUUUGUUGGUGUGAAGGGGCAGCCUUGUCUGGUGGGCAGUGGGUGAUUAGAUAGAGUCUUUAUUUCUUUGUCCAAAAGAUGAGAUGUAUUACUGCUGCUGAUGCUGAUGGCAAGGCCCAAGAACCAAGUAUAAUUCGUGAAGCCUGACUGUGUACAUAGGCCUGUGGUGGAGUAUGAUCAUCCCUGACUCUUCGUCAUGUGCUGCUGUUGUGUACAUACUUGCAUCCCUGUCUCCGUACCUUGUGUGUUUCUAUUGGUGGUACAUCAUAGUUGCUGUACAGAAAACUUGUGAUACCAAAAACACUGUGACCUACUGGACAGAUUCACAGUCUCAAUAUGCACAUGUUACCAUGGUUACCUGUAUAUAUCUGGCUCAGGCAUGUAUCUGUGAUAGGCAUGUUAUUUACAGGAACUGCCUCAAAGAUGUCUCCGUGUUUCUCAUAUGUUCCGAUGGCUAGGUGGCCCAAGGCACUGGGUUUAGCUGUUCAGAGUAGCCUCGAAGAUGUCUCUGUGUUUCUCACAUGUUCCGAUGGCAUAGGUGGCCCAAGGCACUGGGUUUAGCUGUACAGAGUUGCCUCCCCUUGGUGUGCCACAAACUUAUGAUAGUCGGUUUGAAUCCCGGUUUGCCCUGAUUGUUUCUAGGUUUGUCAGCACCAUACCCAUGCUCGUUUGGUUUCACCAAAGUGGUAAACGUAUAAGACCUGCAUCACUUCAGGCUUUCCUCCCACAUCAAGCUGAUAUGGUAACUGAAAUUCUGUUCAAAGCGAUGUCAUACAUUGUACCAAAAUCACAUCUUUUGAGACAUAUGUAAAAAGUAGACGUUGGUAGGGAGUUUGUGACAAUUUCCAGAUUGGUUUGAAAAUACAAUGGAUUAAUAAUGAUCGAUCAUGAAGGUAAAUGACAGAAUCACCAGUUCAGAGCAGUUCCUUUCUUUGUCCUUCAUGUACAACUGAAACACUGCCCCGAGUGUCUAGAAAGUGAGAAGAGACUGAGGUCCUGUUCCUGGGUACUGUGUUCAGUGCCUGAUGUUCCCAGCACUGGGACUACUUACAGUGGUACUCCUACUACCAAUCCCCUGUUGAUAAUCAAAAAACAAGAAGCUGCUUUAUUAUUCUGAUUUCAUGAAAAUUAAAAACAAUUGAUUCAAUUUGGGGUUUCUUUUCAAUUUUGACCUCCUUUCUCAAGGUGCUUCCUAAAACACAGUCUGAAGAAAUGUGUCCUUUAAAUGAGUUUGAAAAUCACACCUGUUAAAUGAUUAGUGAUUAAAUUUGGGAAACACCCAUAAUAUUUCCUUGUUUAACAUGAGAUCAUGUUGCUGAGAAAAACAAAAAACGAAAUUAAGUUUUUAUUAAAUGACAGGUCAAAGAGUUUUUAAAUUGACUGUCUCUGAAUAUUUUGUCUGCAUGGGUGGGGAGGAACCAGUUAUCUCAUUCAGUCAUGUCUUGAUGCUGACAAUGCCAAGCUGACCCUCACUGGCCAUUGUCCAGUGUCAUGACCUGCAUCUUGUCAUACAGCCAUAUAUUCACAGAAAUCCAUCUGGACCCUUGAACAUCUGGGGUAGAAUAGGUCUUCAGCCACCCAUGCUUGCCCUAAAAUGCGACUAUGCUUGUCGUAAGAGCCGAUUAACGGGAUGAGGUGGUCAGACUUGCUGACUUGGUUGAUGCAUGUCAUCG